AUGAACUGGCUCCAGGACGCAAUGCUAGUCAGCUCUGCCGUCUCAAAGCACGGCUCAAAGUCUUAUGGCGCCAAGACACUGUCCGAAAUUCGUGACAGCGUCGACAAAACGUGCGAGAAAGGAACAGCCAUCAUCGACCCCUCGCAGAUAAUGCACUCCGCUCCCCCUUUGCUUCUCUACCCCGAUGGACCGUUUGAAGUCUUGUCCCCUGGUUUGGUAACCGCUUUCCCUCGAUGGCGUACCUACACCACUUUCAGAGGCAGACAUCAGUCUCUCGUACACGCAGUCAAGUCUGAAAAAGUGGUAAGUGAAGCCCGGGGGGAAAACAAUACUAUCUCAUUCGGCUAUGAAAAUGCCUUGAAUGCGCUCGAGACUGCUCGAGUAACACAGCUGCAAGACGGGGACGGAGAGAACGACGCAAUGUUCAAAUUGGAUCUCAGCUCGGUACCGUAUACUAUGCAAUCUCGAAAAUCGGGAUUAAGUGUCAACGAAGAUCCCGGCAAACAGCUUCGAUCCUGGGCCUGGGACAAGAUGUCGCGGUUUCAUGAAGAAGGCCCCAGCGGUGGGGUCACCAUCGUGAAGCUCCCAGAAGACCUCGAAUCCGAGCGUCCCUUAUUUUUCGACAGCCGUAAGACGAGGGACCGUUUGACGGCAAGGAUCAAGCGGAUGGAAGAAGUGGCUAGAAGCUGCCAUGAGAUCGAGUUCACCUGUGUAUUGGAUGAUGCACCUGUCGCUAGGCAUACAGCUCUGGAAUUUACUCCUCACGAUGACGAAUUCUCUGCCCGUUUCAGGCGGACUGCACACCACAGUGUGGACCGCGAUCAAUGGAUGCACGAUACGCUCUUGAUGGCUGCUGUGAAAAACAGAGACUUGUCCAAGGUGGAGACACACGCCUUGAUCCCUUCUAGACACCUGGAAAACUACACCCGAGCGACAGAUGACAAGCUUUCCCUCAGCGCGUACCACAAAAAAGACUACGUCAGCCGCAGGCCGUCCGAUUACAUCCAGGCCGACGACGAAGACUUUCUCCGAUGGCGGGACGAAUUCUUCGCUACUCACAAUCAUGGGGAAUUGAUUCGAAGUAGUACUCUCCCUCGUGAGGGACACGAGUCCUUGCUGAACGAUGUCGCUUUGAUCUCUGAAGGCAAAGGCCCUGAAGUUAGAGCGGGAAGGUAUGGAGGAGAUCACAAGGAUACCAUCGCCGAUUAUUACAGCAAAGUCGAACCAUUGUGGCACUACCUGAAGAAGACCCACCGUGACUCUCCUCUCGAUGCUGAGCAGCUCGAACACAGCAUGACUCCAGCUGCUUUCGAUCGAUGGACACAGGUGAAAGCAGACCAAGUUGGAACUGACGCCGAAGGGGGAGACGUGCGGGAAUUCCGAGCCUGGUUGAAUCAGAAUAGCUAG